AUGAGCGCGCCACCGCCCGGCAUGCCGAACGGCCAAAACCCCAACGGCCCGCCUCGCCCUCCUCCGAUCAAGCGACGACCUCGCGGAGACCCUCUAGUCGCCCGAAAACGCCCUGGCCAACCCCGACCCGCGGCUUCGCGUCCUGCGCCGAACACCCUGCAGAGUGCAGCAGGCGCUCGACCUUCUCCGGGCGCGUCAGGCCAUCUCGGUCAUCAGCGUCCCGAGACCGAAGAUGAAAUCAAAACUAGAAGAGCGGCAAACGGUGGCUGGCUCGAUCCUCCUCCGGCCAACGUGAGAGAGUACAAGAUCGUAACCACAAAGAAGGCAUUGAAGGACGGCAUUCGACAUCACAUAAUGAAGCUCUCAUCUUCCAAGGCGGACCUCGAGCAGAAAGGAAUCGACCCCACGAACCAAGAUGAGUUCACCAGACCUGUGACGCUCCAGCGACGCGAUCCUCGUCAACCGCCGCCUGGCCGCGAGGUCAAGCAGGAGGCACCCGAGCCACCGCCGGUCGACGAGAAGGAGGCCGAGAGAUUGGCACAGCUGAAGGCUGAGCGCGAGGCUGUUCGCGCCGUUGAAUUGGCAAAGAGUGCGCCGAGUCUCAAGGACCCCAGUCUCGACAAGAAACCCGCGCCAAAGAAAAAGAAGGAGGAGGAUGUGCAAUUCCACCGACAACCCAGAACCGAGAAGGAGAAGAAGCAACAGGAAUUGCGAUAUGAGGAGGCACUCCCUUGGCAUCUUGAAGACGCUGAUGGCAAGAAUGUCUGGGUUGGAUCCUACGUAGCUCCGUUGUCAGAGACCACCGUCGCCUUUGUUGCUACCAGAGACGGGAAGUUUGCGGCUGUUCCCCUGGAAAAGUGGUAUAAAUUCACGGCGAAGCCGCACUUCAACACGAUGAGACUGGAAGAAGCCGAGGCCUUGAUGAGCAAGAAAACGGAUGUCGGCCGCUGGUACAUGCGCGAUAAGCAAAAGAAGAGUGAGCAAGAGGAGUGGGAGGCAACUAGACAUGCACUUUACGGCCCGGCAAGAAUCAAGACGGAGAGCAGCACUUUCCGUGCCGCUUCUCGCGAGGAGAAGAUGGAUCACGAUCAGAUCGACAUGGAAGGAGAUGAGUUCCAGGACGACGACGAAGCCCCGGGAUUGGAAGUCGACAAUGACGAGGACUUCAAGGAGGCGACUGAACGUAUUCGCCGUGACCAGAUGGGUGCCAAUCUCUUUGGCGAUGCUGAUGAAAACAGAGUUCAGAAGGAGCUCGACGAAGAAAGAAAGGCUGAGGAGGAGCGUCGCAAAGAGGGCAAGCGGACUACCAAGGCGCUCAUCAAAAGAGAGAAGGAAACCAUCUAUCAAUCCGACUCAAGUGGCUAUGAUCCUUUCGAGUCUUCCUCGAGCGAUGAAGACUCCGACGAGGAGAAGAAAGAUGAUGAGAAUAAGGACAAGGACAAGGAGAAGGAAGACGAGCAGAAGGGAGACUCAAAGGACAAGAACGCCUCGGGUGUGUCUUCCAAGGGCAACACGACCCCGUCUGGCCGACCGAAACAUACAGACGCUCUGAAAAAGGGCAAAUCCUUGAAGCGUCCCGGCUCCCCCAACUUGUCGGAAUCUAGUGGAAACGAGUCCUCUCGCAAGAAGAUCAAGAAGCAGACUGCUUCUGUUCACCAAAGCCGUUCGUCGACUCCCUUGUCGCAAGGCCCGGCGGGCAAGAGCAACCUGGGCAAGGGUGUGAUGAGUGAUGGCGAAGCAACGGCAGGAGAGAUGUCUGAUGGCCAGCUGCGACAGAAGAAGAAGAUCAAGCUCGUUGGAAGUGGCGCAAGAGGAACCCCUGUGGGAUCGAGGGCCGGUAGUCCCGCUCCCGCUGCACCUGGCUCCAAGCCUGGUUCACCUAUUCCAGAAGGCUCUCCACGCGCUGGAUCUCCCGGCCCUGUCGAGCCCUGGGAGAUUAUCAAUGCUCUGCCGGAGCUUCCAAAUGGUAUUACCAUUGGAAAUCUUAUGAGAAAGUUCGCUGGUCGCAUUGGAGACGGUCCGGGGCAGAUGGACCGCAAGGACUGGAUCAAGCUCGUCAGAGAGAAUUGCCUGUACGGGCCUGAUAAGGUACUACGUCGCAAGUCAUAG